CAUCGGGAGAAACAAAUAUUUAUUUCUUCGAAUUUUCUUCCCAGUUCAAUCAAAUUGAGAGCUGAUUUCGUUUGUCUGGUUAUCCUCAUCAAAUCUUUUGUUUCAACUCUCCAGCAAUCGCCUUCCCGCGAUUGUUAACAACUUCGAGUCAGCUCCGCCAUCUAUCCCCGUACGGUGCAUAGAGGAGCCAAGGGAAAAUGUUGAGGCUGCAAACAUAUGCAGGGCUUAGUCUAAUAGCCACACUGGCUGUUAUUUACCAUGCUUUCAAUAGUAGAGGCCAAUUUUACCCAGCAACGGUUUACUUAUCAACCUCGAAGAUCUGUCUGGUGGUUCUGCUUAACAUGGGUCUGGUCCUUAUGUGCAUUUUGUGGCAAUUAACAAAGAAAAUAUUCCUUGGUUCCCUUCGGGAGGCGGAGGUUGAGAGGCUCAAUGAGCAGUCAUGGCGGGAAGUCAUGGAAAUACUUUUCGCCAUCACAAUCUUCCGACAAGACUUUUCAGUUACUUUUCUUGCUAUGGUUACUACACUUCUGCUUAUCAAGGCUUUGCAUUGGUUGGCUCAGAAGAGAGUUGAAUACAUUGAAACAACCCCAACAGUUCCUUUGUUGUCCCACAUUCGCAUUGUCUCCUUCAUGGGAUUUCUCCUCUUUAUAGAUAGUCUCUUUUUGUACAACUCCGUAAACUACUUGAUACAGACAAGACAGGCUUCGGUUUCUCUCUUCUUUUCAUUUGAGUACAUGAUCCUUGCAACAGCUACUGUGUCAACAUUUGUGAAAUAUAUAUUCUAUGUUAGUGACAUGCUUAUGGAAGGACAGUGGGAGAGAAAGGCUGUCUACACAUUCUACUUAGAACUUAUCCGAGACUUACUUCAUUUGUCUAUGUACCUAUGCUUCUUCCUUGUCAUUUUUAUCAACUAUGGUGUACCUCUGCAUUUGAUUCGGGAGCUUUAUGAGACAUUUCGCAACUUCAAAAUUCGUAUUGCUGAUUACAUACGCUAUCGGAAGAUCACUUCAAACAUGAACGAUCGUUUUCCAGAUGCUACACCAGAAGAACUCAAUGCAAGUGAUGCUACCUGCAUCAUUUGCCGUGAGGAGAUGACUACCGCAAAGAAACUCAUUUGUGGGCAUCUUUUUCACGUGCAUUGCCUCCGUUCAUGGUUGGAAAGGCAGCACACCUGUCCUACCUGUAGAGCCCAAGUUGUGCCUCCUGAAAAUGGGACAAGUCAAACUGGGCCAACAGGACCACGAGCUGAUUCUCAGCAAGGACCAAGUGUUGCAAGUUCAUCCCAGGGUUCACAAGCUGAUGGUGAGCGAAAUAGCAAUACUAACCAGCAUCAAGCUAGGAUACAAGCUGCUGCUGCUGCUGCUUCAAUAUAUGGGAAAUCUUUUGUUUAUACUAACACUCCCUCACAUGCACAAUUGUGGUCCCCUGGAUUUGCCUUGCGUCCUCCCCCCAAUAAACCUUCAGAUGGCUCUGCUAGUGUAAGCUCAGGCGGUGAGCAUGCUCUGGGUGAACAUUCACAGCCACGUCAGUUCGCAAACGCAAGCUUUACUCAGUUUCCACAGUAUACUUUUGUUCCCUUCCAACUUCCUGGGCACGCUGACAUUGGAUCUAGCAGUGGCCCCCCUACUGGAGAUAUGCAUCCCGAGGUUAAGAAGAAAGUCAUUGAAGAACAAAUUAAGGCUCUGCAACACGAGCUCACUCUUCUACAUAAGCCAAAUACCGAGAACAAGACUGCUUCUACAGAAACUUGCGACGGCAAGGGAAAAGCCGUGUCCUCAUCAUCUUAGCCGAUUUCUGACAAUCUUGCCCUACUGUAGAUGUGUGCAAGUGGGCAGAGACAAAAGUGAGUUCAAUUUUAAGAUUUUAUGAGUUACUAUGAGACCCUAGGAUCUGUUGUACCCUUUUGAAGAACAGACGAGCAGAUGAUGAAUGUUUGCCUGCAGAGCGCGGAUAACAAAUGAAAGAAACGAUAGUUAUGUAAAUUGUACAGCUUUUGAUUUCCAACGUACCUUUUUUUCCCCUCAAUGUACUUUCAACUUCUAGAUUGUUACAAUUUUCUGGACAAAUAUGCCACAAAUAGAUCAAAUAGGACUGUUUAUCUUUUUGUCGCCGUU